GCUAUCUUCUCCUAUAAAUACCCCCUUUCUGUAUUCAUAUUUCAUCACCAUCAUCACAAAACUGAACAACUAUUUCAUCACAACCAAAAACUCAUCUCUGCACUAUCAUCAAGCAAACUAUUUUUAAAAGAAAACAAACACACACACAGAUGGAAUCAUCACUGCAACUCUUUUUAGCUCUAAGUAUUGCGAUGGCUGUGUUUCUUAUGUUGGUUAUCGUGGGGAGCUUGUUGUUUUCUUGGUGGGUUUUGCCUUAUUUUGCUUACAGAAAGCUCAAAGCAAAUGGGUUUUCUGGGCCAAAACCUGCUUUCCCUCUAGGAAAUUUGAAUGACAUGAAAAGGCUAAAGAAGAAAGAUUCAUCAUCAUCUUCAUCUUCAUCUUCGAGCAUAUCCAAUGACAUCCACUCCACUGCAUUCCCAUACUUUGCUCGCUGGCAGAAACUACAUGGGAAAGUGCUAAUCUACUGGCUGGGCACAGAGCCAUUCCUUUACAUAGCAGACCCUGAAUUUCUGAAGCAGAUGUCUGCUGACAUUAAAGGUAAAAAUUGGGGAAAACCCAAUGUUUUUAAACAUGACAGAGAGCCCAUGUUUGGUAGUGGUCUUGUCAUGGUUGAAGGUGAAGAUUGGGUCCGACACAGGCAUGUCAUUACUCCUGCAUUCUCUCCCGCCAACUUGAAGGCUAUGGCGAGCUUAAUGGUGGAUUCCGCUACGAAAAUGCUGGACAGGUGGGCCGACCUAAUCAGCUCUGGCCUGCCGGAAAUCGACGUAGAGAGAGAAAUCAUCAGCACGGCCGGAGAAAUAAUCGCCAAGACAAGCUUCGGCGUAAGCUACGAAAACGGCAGAAGGGUGUUGGAAAGAUUAAGGGACAUGCAGAUUACACUCUUCGAGUCCAACCGCUACGUGGGCGUCCCCUUCGGCAAGUUCUUGAACCCUAAACAAUCCCUAAAAGCGAAGGCACUAGGCAGGGAAAUCGACGAGCUUCUCAGGUCAAUAAUCACUGAAAGAAGUGAGAAACCGCGGACUGGGAAACCGGAGCAAGACCUCCUCGGGCUGCUGCUGGCCGAGAACACGGUGGAUGGCCGGAAAAAGAGGGCUCUGUCCACCAAGGAGCUGGUGGACGAGUGCAAGACUUUCUUCUUCGGCGGCCACGAGACGACGGCUCUGGCACUGACGUGGACCCUCCUCCUCCUUGGCCUCCACCCCGAGUGGCAAAACGAGCUGAGGGAGGAGAUCAAAGAAGUGAUUGGAGAUGGGAAGAGUAUCGAUGCCACAAUGCUUGCUGGACUCAAGAAGAUGGGAUGGGUGAUGAAUGAGGUUCUACGUUUGUACUCUCCGGCUCCCAACGUUCAAAGGCAAGUAAGGCAGGACAUUCAAGUGGACAACUUAGUGAUCCCUAACGGCACCAACGUGUGGAUCGAUGUUGUAUCAAUGCAUCAUGAUCAGAGCCUAUGGGGCGACGACGUGUACGAAUUCAAACCCGAAAGGUUUAAGGACGACAUAUUUGGAGGAUGCAAUCACAAGAUGGGAUUCCUGCCAUUUGGGUUUGGAGGGAGGAUGUGCAUUGGGAGGAAUUUGACCACUAUGGAGUACAAAGUUGUGUUAACCUUAAUCCUCUCUAGGUUUUCAUUUUCCCUCUCCCCUAAUUAUAAUCAUGCCCCAUCCAUCUUGCUCUCCCUUAGACCUAAACAUGGCAUGCCUCUCAUUUUUAAGCCUCUUUGAGUGGCGGGAGACCCUUUCUCUAAUGCCCUUUUUCCUCAUUCACCUCCCAUUUUUAGGGCGAUUAUAGCUGGUUGUCAGGUUAUGAGAGAUUCAUAUAGGUGUUGUGUGUUGUAUCAAGUAGUUAGUGAGGGAUGAUGAGUGUUUAGCGCUUUAAAUAGGCGCUGAAACUCUUGUACUUAUCCACUUGAGGGGGAUAAAUGAAUGUCUUUUCUCUAGUUUUGUUAAUGUUAAAUGAAUAACGCUUUUUAGUAUUUUUUUUAA